AUGUCAUUUUUAUCAAGGUGUUUAUUUGAAAGCACUGAUAGGAGGCGACACAUUCUGCAAGAUGCUUUGACAGUAUCUAAAAGCUGUGAUUAUUUCCAAUCGAUGAAACCAAAUGUUCUUUACACAAUUCAAGUUUCAAGAUCAAAUCAGAGAAAUCUUGAUUGCCGUUGGGCAGCGGAAGCACCAGCUGGUCAUAAAAUUUCCCUGACAUGUGAUAAAGUUCGUCUGCCGACAUCAUUUUUCUGCUUGAAUGAUAGAAUAACAGUUUCAACAACAGGGAGAACUGAUUUACGGGAUGGGAAAUCAUAUUGUGGGAGAAGACAAUUCGAAGCUUUAUCAGUAAGCACAAAGAUGACGGUUGCUUUGAAAACUGGAGCUAUAACAUUAGGAGCAAAGUUUAAAUGUUCCAUGAAAACUGUAAUUGAUGGAUGUAGAUGUGGACAAGUUAACAGAGGGAAAAUUGUUGGUGGUAUGGAAACUUAUGUAAAUGAAUAUCCUAGUAUGGCUGGUUUAAUUGAUGCUAAUGAGAAGCGAGUCUUUUGUGGUGCUACUAUAAUUUCAAGCACACAUGCAUUAUCAGCUGCUCAUUGUUCAAUUGGAAGAGAAAUCUCUUCACUUGGAUUGCUUGUCGGAGAACAUGAUACAACAAAGGGAAGUGAAACUCCUUUUACAAAACUUUUGAAAAUUGCUUCUUUCACAAAUCAUCCCACUUUCAGUCAAGAAACAAAUGCUGACGACAUUGCUUUGAUAAGAAUUCAAAACUCAAUGACAUUUACUUAUGGCGUUCAACCAGCUUGUCUGCCUUUCAAAUUCAGAAAGAGAACUUUUGUCAACACAUCGGUUGAGGCUCUUGGAUGGUAUGUAUUGUUGACUUAUUGUUGGAAGGGAGCAACAGAAUUUUCCGGGCCCCAAUCGAAUGUUUUGAAGCACGUUCGCCUGUCAAUCGUAAACAGCGAAAGUUGCACAUCAAAACAGAUUUGCUCGUUUGCUAAAAAUAAGGAUACCUGUCAAAGUGAUUCCGGUAAACAACAAAAUUGA